AUGUGUUCAGAUUUUGAACCACUUGGUAAGAGUAGUUUAUUUACUAUUCUCGAUACUUGUAAAGCAUCAACAAGAAAGUCUUUACAAGGUAUCAAUUACUUUGCAGCUGAAGCUGGAGAAGCAUUUGAUGGUUUACGAAAAAUGAUUGAAGAUAAAGUCGCUCUUUAUAGUGAUAGUGAACGACUUAUUGAGAAUUUGAAACGUGCUCGAUUUUAUUUGAAAUCUGAUUAUAAAAUGCACGUAACGAGAUCAAGCAAUAUUGCUGAUCAUUGUUGUGUUUGUGCAUUGAGCGAUCCAGAAGGACGCAAUUUUGCUCAAGAUUGUGAGCAUGAGCACGAUGAAUCGUGCAUUGAAUGUUCGAAUCUAACGAACACGCUGAAUGAAAUCGAACGAUUCAUCGAAGAAACAGAAACAGACGAAGAGUUAUUCGAUCGAGCUUUGAAAAAGUUCCGAUCAUAUCGUGAAUCUAUUGAAGCAUGGAAAGCGCAUUUACUGCGAUCCAUCAAUCAAGAUUUGUGUCGAGAAAAUUUACUCGAUAAGCUAUCUAAUAAUGAGAUUUAUCUCAAUCUUGAUUGGGCCAUGAAAUUUCUUCCUGUGAAAAGUCGGGAACCACAGUCGGAAUUUUUCGGUAAACGAGACAUCAGUUGGCAUAUUACUGUUGCAAUGAAGAAUGAUGCAGGUGUUGAAAAUGAGAACAACACAUUCGAUGAAGACAGCGAUGUCUUUGAUGAUAGUCAGCAAAUCAAUAAUCAGGAAAUGACUGAUUUGUCCGAAGAAAACAGUGAUGAUACUAAUGUCAUUGAUAAGAAAGGGAAACACUGUUUCAAUAAAACAGAAGGGUUUGUUCAUGAAUGGGUAGAGACAAAAGAGAGACAUCGUGAUGAAAUUAUGGAUGUCGGCGGCUGUGAUACACAAGAGGAUGAAUCAUUACAAAACUGUUAUAAGCAAAAGAAUAUAUAUACAUGUGAUGUUGAGCAGGGUUGUACUGCAGAAUUUGUAAAAUUUGGAAACUAUAUCAACCAUAUACUCAUUGGUAAACAUCGAUGUACAGUUGAAAAACUUUUAUUGAAAGAUACAGCUAUGAAAAUGUAUCAUUCGAAAUUAGAAGAAGUCGAAAAUCGACGAUUAAUAUGUAUUGAUAUGAAGUUAACAGAAGUAAUCGAUGAUGAAACGAGUUCUCUUCCGCAAGGUUAG